GCAAUCAGGAAUCCACCUUCCGUUCCUCGUUCAGCUUCUCCCAACGAGUCCACGAGGUGAGCGAGUUGUUGGUAGUACGCACAGCCUCCCUCCCCUCCGAUACGACAUCGAGCGGCCAUUCUUCCUUUUCCUGCGGGCAACAUAACCAAGGAGAUUGGUUCGACCCUCUCUUUUAUCUUCUUCUCCUCCAAUUCUUCCCGGAUCGGAUCGCGUUGCCGGGUAGUAGGUCCGACCGUCAACGUUCCGGCGCCCUUCUUUCCAUGCUUCCUCUGUCAGGUCGUAGCGGGUCAGAUCGUCACUGACAUCCUACUCACUCGCUGAAGCCUGAAGGAUCACUUCUCCGCGAGUCGUGCGGAGUCCACAAAAGAGGCGGCGACAGAGGGCGAGAAAAUGAAUCUUUCUUCUUGGUGGUUGUAAGGCUCUUUUGGUGGAAAAGAAGGGAACUUGUAAGAGCUGAUUUUGUUGUUGGCGUUGUAUGUUAUUUGCAGGCGAUGGCUGAUGAUGUCACACGGGUCCUCAAACCUCCUUCACUGAAAUUGAACGCAUCCAUUAUUUUGAAGUUAAUACUGGUCUUUUGCUGGUAUUUAAUGCAUCUGCUGGUCUGUCUCGUGCAUAUAAUGGCCUCUCUGAAAAAAUGGCUGCUUUCCUACAUCAUUUCAUUUGGACUGCUAAGCAAGUAUCAAAAUCUUCAGUUGGACAUGCUUAACUGUCUAGCUGUUGUGGUUGAUAGUGAAGAAGCCACAGAUACAAGAAAGAUCAAGCAUCUUUUGUGCUGGUUAUUAACUAUGGAUAUCAAAUAUAUCACUCUUUAUGACAUGCAAGGUUUGCUGAAGAAGACUCUCGGAAAUGAUUUAAUGAGCUUGACAAAAACAAGUACGAGAUCAUGCUCUGUUGAUGACGUAAAGACGAUGGCUUCAGUUUUUCAGAUGGAAAAGAUGACAGUAGAGAUACUUUCUUUAUCUGAUGGUAAAGAAGGAAUUGCUAAAGCAGCUAGCUUCCUGUGUUCAAAGUAUAUGAAAGAUGAUUCUGUAAGCUGCAACAAGUCAGAACCAGCCUUCACAGAAUCUGAUGUAGCAAAUGCUCUAAAUGCAAUAGGUUAUUGCGGACCUGAACCUCAGCUUCUUCUCAUAUAUGGACCAGCUAGAUGUCAUUUAGGAUUUCCUCCAUGGAGAUUAACCUACACAGAGAUCGUGCAUAUGGGUUCACUGAGAUUCAUGAACUAUGGUGCUAUUCUGAGGGAAAUAUACCAGUUUUCAAAGAAGCACCAAAACUACGGCACGUAAUCAUUCUGUUUGCAUUUCUCAGGUUGCUGGUUCAGGACACAUCUGUGUUACCCAAUGCACUUGUGCACCAAAUAACUACUUGGGAGAGACCUAUUUUGCUUCUACUGUUUUUUCUUGUGCGAAUUAAUAAUGCCCUUAAGUUGGUCCUCACCUGUAAAGAAAGGUGGAAUAAGCAUAUGCUUCAGUUUCUUUGCUCUCUUGCCCAUUAAUAAUGCCCUUGUUUAAAGAAAGCGCAUUAUUAUGGUUGUGUUCUUAUGGUGGAAUAAGCAUAUGCUUCAGGCGAAUUAAUAAUGCCCUUGUGUGUUCUUAUGGUUGUGUUGUAAUAAUGGCAAGCGCCACAGAGAAAUAAUAAAUUAUAUAUGAGUUCCCAAGAAUGUUGGCUGCCUCUGCAUUGCAUCAUGGCAUGCUCA